GCUAUCCAGGUAGCAGUGGAACCAUUGUAAAAUUGUGCCUCUAAUUCUCAGUCCAGACGGUCUAUCCAGACUGAGAGGUCAAAAAGAAUAAACAAGGCAGCACUCCUCCUUUCUUCUGGCAUAAGUCAUCCAUCAGGGUGACUGAAGUAGAUCCAGAAAAUCAGUUGGCACCAGCUGGAGUGAGGCAUGUCAGUCACGCAGUGGGGACCCAGCUACCAGCCUAGACCGCUUCCACGGCUGGCUCUGCAGAGGAUGUAGAGAGCCUGACCAUGGGUGAAGUGCAAAAGGGUCUUCUCUCAGUCAUCCAGAAGCUUAAAGGCUCUGAAGAGCAGGAGUUGCGAAUUGUCCUCCUCGGGCUGGACAAUGCCGGAAAGACUACUUUGCUCAAGAGCCUGGCAUCGGAAGAGGUCAAUACCAUUACCCCCACACAGGGAUUCAACAUCAAAAGUGUCCACUCUCAUGGCUUCAAGCUCAAUGUCUGGGACAUAGGAGGGCAGCGGGCGAUCCGGGCCUAUUGGAAGAAGUACCUGGGCAGCACAGACCUUCUGAUCUAUGUUAUUGACAGUGCUGACCAGAAACGCUUUGAGGAGACUGGGCAGGAGUUGUCCGAACUAGUGGAAGAUGAGAAUCUCACGGGUGUCCCAUUGUUGGUGUUUGCUAACAAGCAGGAUCUAGCAACAGCAUCCCCCGCAGCAGAGAUUGCUGAAGGGCUCAACCUGCACACAUACCGAGACCGGCCAUGGCAAAUCCAAGCUUGCUCAGCCCUAUCUGGUGAAGGCAUUCAGGAUGGGAUGAACUGGAUUUGCAGCCAGAUCACAAGUCGGAAAAAAUGAAAAUGCUGAGCACAGGAAUUGAUUUUCAUACCUUCAGAAUCCCCAGAGGCCACAGCCUCAGUCCUAGUGGUGCACAAAAGUUCAUAGCAGAAGAUACCAUCAGGACCUGGCCCAAGAUUCAAAGAUGAGAAAGGAUGUUGAACUGAAAUAAUUUCCUGAAUUUUCUGAAAUAUCUGACCUAAUGAGUAAACAACCAUCUCCUCCUGCAAGCAUACCGUAAUAAGGGAUGCAAGGCUAGAACUAUAAUUGUGAUCAUGUCACAAAAUGAUGAAAACAAAACUUAAAGCAAAAGAUCUAUAUUUUCACUGGAUGGAUACUGACUAUUGACUCUGCAAACAACCUGGUAUGAUAAGUCCAGAUAAUGUACUAGAUACACCCAUUACUUUCAAAUAAGCUGUACAAAACAUUUGCACUUGGCCAUCACUGGACUCCACGAAUGAAUUCUACAGCUUCCAGCCUUGCACUUCUAUUUACAUCCCCUUUCUCAUUUACUGAUGACAGCAAAAGUUCUCUAAGGCUAAAUAGCUUUACGAUUUUCUUCAUUCCUAACUGGGCCACAAAAUCCACAGGAAACGAGUCAGGCAGCCAGAUCUCCAGGGAAAACAUUUUGCCCUG